AUGAAAAGGAUGACAACAACCGCUCCUUUGAAGAUCAAAAUUCUUGUUCUUGGACCACUUAAGAGCGGAAAGACGACAAUAUCGAAUUACUUGGCAGAUUCAAACGAUAUAAGUUUCAAUAUACACCGACCAACCCGAGGUGUACGAAUAGUUGAAUUCGAAAGCAAUGAUUUGGAACUUAAUGGAGAACGAGUGGAAGCAGAGGUAGAACUUUGGGACUGCAGUGGUGAUAAAAAGUAUCAACGAUGUUGGCCUGCUAUCAGACAUAAUACUCAUGGCGUUAUAUUGGUAUGUAAGCCUGAUCAAGACAAAGGAUCCUCACUUUUACCGUGGUACAAGGAAUUUGUACAACGUGGAAACAUUGAUCCUUCACUCGUUCUUGUCCUAUUGUAUACAGUCAGCGGGCCGUCCAGCAAGACAAUGACCGAUGACGCAGUAAUCACCGAAUUUUCUCUGUUACCUCAGAUGAGUGGUCUUCGGGUUGUUCCUCUGAAUAUCGAUCGUGACGAUGACAAUCUUCGAUUAGAAUUCAAUGGUUUUCUAUUUCGAGUCAUUUCAAAUGUAAAAUUUCGAAGAAUUGGAUGA